CAUUUUCCCUCCCGCCUGGCCCAGCAUCAGACGCCACAACAGCACUAUGGCGGCGGCUGUUUGUUGUUUUUAUCGUUAAGAGAACUUUUAUGACCGCUACCACAGGCCCUGACGUGUGUUCGUGCGUGCGCCGUGACCCAGGGGCUGCCGGUGCUCGGGGACAGGUGAGGCGGCGGGCAGGUGUGUCCACGGCGGAGGCGGCGGCGGGAGGUGAGGAAGUGAUGGUAUGAAGGCGACAUUGCCAGUGAUAUGAGGCUCUGAGACGCUCCAGCAAAAUGCCAACACCAGGAAGAGGUCCCGGUAGGCCCCCCAAGAACCCCCGGACAUGCACCUGGUGCUCGGAGGUCAAGUCUCAGCUGAAGUAUGUGUUCCCUACAAGCUCAGGCAAGCGGGAGUUCUGCUCAGAAAUGUGCCUCUCAGAGUACAGGAAAGCCCUCAUGAAGCAAGGAACAUGUGCCAACUGUGACAACGUUAUUCGCUCAACACCCGUCAAGUGUGAAUCAACAAGUGGACGACGAAGGGAACUGUGCAGCAACGAGUGCCUUAAGGCAUGGGCCAAGAAGGAGAAGGAGCAGGCUGAGGCGGAGGAGGAGGUGGGCGUGGCGUCCUCUGUGUCCUCUGUGGCCACCACACCUCCUUCCAGCAUGUCACCCUCCUCAGGCAAUGGAGUUUCCCCCAUGGAGAAGGCCCUGGCAGAGGUGGCCCCGGGUAGGAAAGGGCGCGGACUGAGUGCGGCGGCGCUGGCACAGAUAGAGGCGGCGGCCGAGUUCAAGUGGGAAGACUACCUGCUGGAAACCAAUUCUUUGUCCUCCCCGCCCAAGUGCUUCAAGCAGCACAAGAUCCCUCCCAAGAAUGAGUUCAAGAUUGGCAUGAAGCUGGAGGCGCUUGACCCCAGGAACCUGACCUCUACCUGCAUCGCCACGGUGGUGGGCACCCUGGGGCCGCGCCUCCGGCUGCGCCUGGACGGCUCGGACAACAAGAACGACUUCUGGCGACUGGUGGACUGCAACAAUGAGAUUCAUCCCGUGGGUCACUGCGAGGAGCACGGCGGCAUGCUGCAGCCUCCCCUGGGGUUCAGGAUGAAUGCCUCUUCAUGGCCCAUGUUCCUCCUGAAGACUCUUCAUAAUGCUGAAGUGUCCCCACCGCAUAUCUUCCGGUCAGAGCCCCCCACACCCCCAAAGAACUACUUUGAGGUGGGCAUGAAGCUGGAGGCUGUAGACAAAAAGAACCCUCAGCUCAUCUGCGCAGCAACUGUUGGUGCUGUGAACGGAGACAUGAUUCAUGUCACCUUUGAUGGGUGGCGGGGAGCCUUUGACUACUGGUGUCGCUAUGACUCAAGAGACAUAUUUCCUGUGGGAUGGUGUGCCAUGUCUGGGCAUCCUCUACAACCCCCGGGACAGAUGUGGGGCCCACCCAGCAGCCGCUACAAGGCCCGGGUCCUGAACAUCCCGCCACCCCUGGCUGGUGCUUCAGCCAAGUCUCCGGAGAUUGUUCCCGAGAAGAGCCCCAUCUCCUCCCCCACCUCCCCCUCCAAGCCUGGCUCCCGGGGCAGGCAGCGGUCUCCCUCCCCGCCCCUGAGCAGCCCCGACCUGCCCCACCAGGCUUCACCUUCCUCUAAGUCCACACAAAAUUCGUCCACUGGCAAGCCGCCGCCACAGCCUGCUGCUGCUGCUGCCACCAAGGCAUCACCCCAGCAGAAGCCCGCGGCAGCCAUGUCUAAACAGUUGUUACACACCAAGCCACAGUCAUUGUCAUCAUCAUCAUCAUCAUCAGCCUCAAGUGCAUCCUCAUCUCCCUCAUCAGCCAUAAAACCUUCAUCAUCAAGUAAGCCGCCAGCAUCCAAGUCACUUUCAUCAUCUUCAUUGUCGUCAUCAUCGUCAGUGGUUUCAGCAGACACCCCUCCAUUGUCCUCACCAUCCUCCAAGGCCCCUGCAGGAUCAGUGGGUCCUGAAGGCACCACCACCACCACCACCUCCACCACCACCACCACCCUGUUGAACACCAGCACCACCACCUCCACCAUAGCAGACACCCCCUCCUCCAUCACCACCACAACCACCACCACGGCCCCCACCAUCAGUUCCUCUAGUAGCUCUCCUUCACGUCCCUCAACACCCAGAACGCCCGAGUCCCCUGUCGUCCCACACUCCGUCUCCACCUCCCAGAAAACUCUGUCCUCUUCUCCUGGCCCUGGGGGAGGGACAGACCCCAGCAAGCCUCCUCCACCCCAGAAGUCCCCCAGCAUCACAGUCACAGAACCAGAUACCUCAACUGUUCAUAAACUAAGUGCCUCAGUGGUGGUGUAUGUGAACCACGGCUGCACGUGUGGCCCCUAUCUAGACAGCAGCCGAGUGGGCGAGCUGCCGCUACAGUUUGGGCCGGGCAGCCUCAACAGAGUGGUGCGGGAGUCCAUCCAGGCGCUGGUGGAUGCUGCCCCUGACACCAGAACAGUCACCUCCCUCCUACCUCAGGGCACUGGCAAGGUCAUCAUAAAAACAAGUGUUGAAGGGACACAAGAAACCCAUCGCCUCCCCUCCCUUGAGAAGGUGGAGGACUUCUGGAGUGCCCUGGAGACCCUCUUUGAAGAUCUGAUGUGCUGUGAGAACUUCUACACCCAGCACCCCAUCAGCCAGUGCACCAAGUGUGCCCGCCAGAGUCCAGCGCAGUUCAAGAGAGAACAAGAGGCAGCCCAGCAGGUGACCACUGGCGUCAAGCGGCCGGCACCCUCAGAGCCCAGCGAUGCCACGCCCACCAAGGUGGCCAAGCCCAGCCUCCAAGAGCCCUCCCCAUCCUCGGCAAGUGACUCUGGCCUCAGCCCGCGGCCCCGAGGUGACCCAGCAGAGUGGACAGUGGAGGAAGUCAUCUCUCACAUUGCUGCCACUGACCCAGCACUGGCCAGCCAUGCUGACCUCUUCAGGAGACAUGAGAUAGAUGGCAAGGCACUCCUGCUGCUGAACAGUGACAUGAUGAUGAAGUACAUGGGCCUCAAGCUUGGGCCCGCCCUCAAGAUCUGUAACCUCAUCAACAAGAUUCGUGGCCGCAAGCCCCUCGUCACCUGAGCCUUUCAUGACCCCUCCUCCACCAUCACCAGGGUGGCCUGGAACGAAGAACAUCCAAGGAAGUGGUCAUCCCCCCGACACAGGAAGAAGCACUGCACUCUUGCCUUACCACAGGGAGCUUGAAGCAUAAUCAGAUAAAUGUUCAUGUUACUCCAGAAGCCUAUUUUUAUGCAGAAAGCCAAAAAUUGUCUCGUUGUAUAACACCUGUACGGACGCCUCGGUGUUUGGCGAUCAAAGACUGACAUGCAAUGGCCGUGUGGGUUCAGUGCGCCUCACUGUAUAUUAUUUUCACCAAAGAAGUGAAUCCUACAGUCCCAUUCACUCUAAUUUGUUCCUCUGCCAUACAUAUAUAUAGCAAUUACUUCCAUCAAGAAUCAGAAGGGAAGAACUUACUUGUUUAUGCCUAGAUCUUGACAGGGAGUCCAUCUUGGAUCUUAAAAUGUAGCAGAUCUUGAUUUCUCAGCUUAAGUUAAAGGACAUUGUGAUCUGGCAAGUGUUGUCAGUAAAGUUGAUUUUCCUUUUCUCCAUCAGUGAUACAUAAUUGUGUACUCAUCUAAUUUAUAUAGACUGCAGAAGAAGGUGUUUCAGGGUAGCCAUAACAAAAGUAGGAGGGAAUGAGUUCUUAAAGAUCAGCUGGCUCCUGCAUUUCAUGGCAUGUGAUCUGUGUUCUGUGAAUUAGUUUAUUGAUAUCUAGAGAUGGGCAUUAGCUUUGUGAUUUAAUUUAUUGGAAACAUAACUUCAUACUUAUCCACUUGAGUAAAAUGACACACACACACACACACACACACACACACACACACACACACACACACACACACACACACACACACACACACACUUGGUUGCCAUAUUUCUGAAGCUUUUCUAAUGUAUGAAACAAAACAUUCAGGGUGUUGCAGUCUCAAUAGUAGGUUAUUCAAAAACUGUCACAAUGGAAAGCAAGGAAUGCAAGAAAUCAAUGUUUAUCAUAAAAUGGGAGAAUUGUCUUGGUUAGAAUCUCUCAGAAGGAAACAAGAUCGAGUGAGUGGGAGUACAUGAUUAUGUUUGAGCUGAAUAUGUGGACAAGCUAAUUGGGGCACUUCACGAUGCAAGUAAGGGGCAAUCACUUACUAGCAGGCAUCACAUCAGGAUAGAUUGUGCAAACAACUCUCUAAAUGUAUGGAAUAGCUUCUCUUGAGUCAUGAGUUGUGAAUGUUGUGAUGUCAAGUAUUGUUAUGGAGGUAGUAUUCUUGGUUACUCGAGUGAUGAGCAUAUGUUAUGAUAUUGUGGUGUUAGGCACUCAUCAGUUUUAAGUAUUAGUCCUAAAGAUGAGCCAAAAACUUUGCUGUGUCUUAAACCUUUUCAGCCAACAGUUACAUCAUCACAAGCAUCAGCUGAACUCUCACAUAAGCCGUGUGAUCUGCUCAGAAAAGUUAAUAGGUUCUUUUGUCACAAAGAAAUGACUUUUAAUGACUGGCUUGUUUCUGCUGGCUUGAUUGUCUCACAUAAUACUAAAAGAACUGGGUAGAAUCAUUCUUUUCUUAGUGGUAUUCACAUGUAACAAGAAAAUGUGAAAUGUAACAUUUAUUCUUUAUAAAUGGGGUCAUAGCUUUUGUUAUAUAUGUAGCUGUUGCUUUUCAUAAUCACAUAUCAAGAGAGAAAAGAACUAUUGUACUGUAUGUAUGCAUUGAAAUUCAUGCCUUUGUAUAAAUGGAAGUGGCAAGCCACCCUGAAUGAAACAUGCAUGGCAGUGCAGCCUUCCAUACUGGGUCUCCUUUUUUAUCAUGACUUUUAUUGUACUGAUUUAUUUUUUUGACAUUGCACUUUGUAAGAAAUUCGGUUGUGAUGAUGGUGUAAUGUUAUUCCAGUUGUAGGAAGGUGGUGGCCAUGUACUACCAUCACUUUACAGUCAACUGAGGUUAUGUACUUUCCAGGGACUGCUGUGUCAGACACGGCGCCUGUAUAUUAUGCUGCAUGCUGGACAAGGGAUGACCGGUGGAUGAGAUCACUUAAAUGAAAAUACUCAGAAAUGACAAAAAAAAUAUUGACAUGUAACAUAGGUUACCAGAUAUCUAGGAAGUGUUGUGUCAGACACACAUGCAGUGCUCAGAAGGAGGACUGCUUGGUGAGGUCACUUGUAUGAGGAACAGUUAUAAUGAAUAGGGAAGUAAUGGCAUACGUAUGCACUUCCCUUAGCAGUUUUGGCUUCUUGGUAGGAUCGGUCCUUCAAUGAGGAUUGUCAUUUCAUGAUAUGAGAACAAUACAAGAGUGUUACAGUUACAGUUCUGAAGGGGGCAAAAUAGAUAACUUUCAACAUAACUUGUAUUUAUUAGUUACUGAAAGCUAUGCAGGUGAAAAUAUUUCUAUUACCUCAUAUUCUAAGCGAAUGGAUAUACAAUAAGUUUUGAAAUGCCUUUGGGCUGUCUGCAGAUAGAGCAAGCCUGUAACCUUAGUGCAGCCAUAAGUAGCAUCCACAUGACGGCAGGAGUUCACUGCUGCGAAGGUCAGUAUAGCGGUGCGCCUCGGAGGUGCCUGUGUGGCACAGGACUCACAGUACAAGUAAUGCCGUGCCACAGAGCACACAUGCUCCCCCUCGCGGGAUCUCUUAUAACUUGCAUGUUGUAGUUUACCACAUGUAACAUUUAUCUAUUUAAAACUUCAUCCAAUUUAGUAAUUUCCCUCCUCUUAAGGGCUCUAAAUUUGUGAUAUUAGAUUAAGCACUUGAUUUUAUCACUAAGGAUCGAUGUUUUGAAUAUUAUUUUCUUCUCACCUCAAUGUCUGGCUUUCUGACUCCCCUAAAGUCUCGACCAGUCAGUCCCACAUUUAAGUUAUCAUACACACGAACACACACACACACACACACACACUCACUCACACAAACACACACACACACACACACACACACACACACACACACACACACACACACACACACACACACACACACACACACACACACACACACACACACACACACACACACACACACACACACACACACACUCACACUGCUCCUGUGGUGUAGGGGACUAAUGCUCGGCCCUGACAGGUAGGCUGAGGUUUAUGCCUUGCUCAGUCUGAAAGAUUUUACUGCUGACACAGCAGUUCGUGUCCCCUCUUGAUCAAGGGAGGUAGGGUGUGUGGUGAUUGGUGUGUGAGGUCUCUUUGGGAGGGUGCUGGCUGGCGAUCACAGCAUGUAACCAUGCCAUGAUGAAUUACACACACACAUGCACAGACACACCUACUCAUUUGAGAUCUCUGAAUUAUCUGAGUUAUUCAGCAUAGUGUUGAAAGCAGUUACACUUAAGACUGACAAGCCAAGUCAGCGAUACACUUGAGAGGUGGCUGCUCAAGUGUCUUGUGUGUAGUGUGUUGAGUGGUGGUCGUUGUGUGCGGGCCCAGCCUUGACCAGGCCAGUUGUGGUGUUUGUGGACAGCCAGCAAUACUUUUCAGAAUGGAUGUUGAGGCAGAUGACUUCAUUCAUGAUGACUGGUGAUUAUUUCCUCUUAGUUAUGGGUCUUACUUAAGCCCAGUUUAGUUCUGAAGGUGUGUUUCCCACAGUAGAGGUGUUGUAGUGUUACUAGUGAAGGAAGCCUUUGCCAUGACAUGGCCAGUGUUACAGAGGCCUGGGAAUAAAGCUGUCAGCAACAUGGUGUUCAUGAAGGUCAAAGACCACUGUUGUGUUGCCAAAUCAAGGAGAAUUCAGUCAAUGUAAUACCCAAAGUUUUUAUAUUCAGUUGAGUGCAUUAUUAUAUGAAUCUCCUUCAUCUUUUAUUUAUACUGUGUGCUGGUCUUGAGUAGGCCAUACUUGCUGGCCAGCCUUCCUGUGUCACCCUGUGUAGGAGGGCGAGUCAGCCCCUCACCUCACCCUCACCCCCCUGGCAGCACCAGCAGGCUGUGGGGGAGGACCCAAGAGUUCAAAUCACAGCACAAGACCUACCAGUGCUGCUAGACACUUAGACGAUGUAUGUGAAUCACCUUCAUGUAUCACCCGGACUCACCAAACAUGUUAAGAAUUAAAGUAGUAUUGUUUUGUUUUGCUGAUUCUUGUUAAGACACUUAUACAGAAUAUCAACAUGGAUGUACCAGUUGCCUACAAGGUAAACUUAUUACCUGAGUUACACUGACAAUUGAGUUUUGUUCAAAUAAUUAUGAAGGUGUCAUUGUUCUGUAUUUCACCGACGGCAGUUGUGAGAAUCACACAGUUGUCAUCUUCGUGUAAUAUAUUUGAGAUCUUUAA